AUGGUGAAAGCAGUAGCAAUAAUCACAGUAAGUGAUAGUUGUUUUAAGGAUAAUUCAAAAGAUACAUCAGGACCUGCUUUGCUUAAAUUUAUAGAACAAAAUUUCCCUGAAGCAAACAUUCAUACGAUAAUUGUCCCUGAUGAAAGAGAGAUUAUUGAGCGGGAAUUAAAAUAUUUUUGCGAUUCCCAUAUCGACCUUGUUCUUACAACUGGUGGUACAGGAUUAAGUCCUCGAGAUGUAACACCUGAAGCCACGAAGGCAGUACUUCACAAGGAAGUACCAGCUAUUGCUGUCGCAAUGACAAUAGCCAGUCUUAAGAAGACGCCAAUGGCUAUGCUCUCUAGAGCUGUAGCGGGAAUAAGGGAUAGAACACUUAUCAUAAACUUUCCGGGCAGUAAGAAAGCAGUCACUGAAUGUAUAGAAGUUGUUAAACCUAUACUUGGUCAUGGCAUAUCUCUGAUAACAAAUAAUUUGACUAAUGUGAGAAUUGUUCAUGAUAAAUUACAAUCCGACCAUGUUUGUUCCCAUAUGAGGAACAGUAAUGUAGAUAUAUCAAAGGUGGCUCUAAGACCUCGUCAGUCACCCUUUCCUAUGUUGGAAAUGGUUGAGGCUUUUAACAUUGUUGACGCCGUGAUGAUGCAAUGGGAAGAGCGUACAGAAAUUGUACCAAUAGAAGAAAGUGCUGGCCGUGUUGUGGCUGAAGACAUAAUAGCUAAGGAACCUAUGCCACCUUUUCCAGCAUCAGUUAAAGAUGGUUAUGCAUGCAUCAGUCUGGAUGGUGCUGGUAAACGUAGAGUGCAGGCUGUGGUUGCAGCGGGAGACACUCCUCUCACUCCACUAACACGCGGGGAGUGUGCUCGUGUUAACACAGGGGCUCCACUACCACUUGGUGCUGAUUGUGUUGUGCAGGUGGAAGAUACAAAACUUAUUCAGGCGUCAGUGGAUAAUCAGACGGAGUUAGAGGUGGAGAUUCUUGUGGCGCCGAAACCACACCAGGAUGUGAGACCCAUAGGAUACGAUAUACCCAUGGGGUCUCUGCUCGUUGAAAAAGGUGACGUGAUCGACGCCGCUCAAAUUGGUAUUUUGGCGGGGGCCGGUUAUCAGCGUAUCAAAGUAGUCGAACAUCCUAAGGUAGGAAUUAUGUCUACCGGAAACGAGUUGCAGGAGCCGUCGGAUGCUCUCCUUCGCCCCUCACAUAUAAGGGAUUCGAACAGAAUUAUGAUUAAAUCAUUGCUCAAGGAGCACGGAUUUGAAAGCAUUGACUGUGGCAUCGCCCGCGAUCAUCCUGGCGAACUUUCGCAUGCGCUCGAGAACGCACUCGCUGUUUGCGACGUGCUCGUCUGUACGGGGGGAGUUUCUAUGGGAGACAGGGACUUGCUCAAACCCGUACUCAUUAAAGACUUCAACGCGACCGUGCAUUUCGGACGUGUCCGCAUGAAGCCUGGUAAACCGAGCACGUUCGCGACAUGCAAGUAUGAAGGGAAGACCAAAUUCAUAUUCGCACUGCCCGGUAACCCUGUAUCAGCGUACGUGUGCUGUCUCCUGUUUGUGGUGCGUGCUCUACGUCAGUGUACGCGUUACAGCGGCGAGUGGGCACGUCUUGGAGUGAAACUCGCUCGUGACGUCACACUGGACCCUCGCCCGGAGUACGCUCGUGCUCAGCUCAGCUUCCCGGACAUACAGGAUCUACCAGUUGCUACACUACUCGGAAAUCAGUGUAGCAGUCGUUUGCUGAGUGCCUGUGGAGCCAGUGUUCUAUUGGAGUUGCCGGGAGCCACCCCUGAAUGCCCCAUGUUACCUGCUGGUUCCAUAGUGCCAGCCCUACUCACGGGUCGGAUCGAUCUCCCUAGACUCUAA